UGUAGAGCACACAGGCUUUUUUCUGUUUUACGGCAUAAAGGGAAAAUUUUAUUUUUCAAGUAAUUUUUUGAACUUAAUUUCUUCAGGCGAAAUCCAAUAAAUCGUCGUCAAUAGAUUUCUUCAGAGGACUAAAUCUCGUUUCAUUCAAAAAUUUAACUUUUAUUUCUUUUACCCACGAAAAAUAUAAGGCCCUGAAAACAACAAACAUGCAGUCAUUUCUUAAAGUAUUUUUUGUCGUUGCUUUUAUAACCACAACGAGUGACAUCGUUCUUGCUGAUACAGGAGGUGUGAAUAUUGGCGGUGUACUAUACGCUUUGCUCGACACUCUGAACACGGCUCUGCUCACAGGCGAUAUAAAAACUAUAGUUGACACUUUGAAAGCUAUUGCGGACAUAAUCAGAGAGGCGCUACCAAAAUUUGCUAGUGAAAAAACACGUGAAUUCUUCAACAAAGCACUUGAUAAAAUUGGCGAAUUGAUUGAAAAUUUGCCGAAAUGUAAAACGAAUUUGCAAGAGGUGCGCACUUUCGCAAAUGAAAUAAAGGAAAAAUUGAGGCAACGAUUAAUUGACCGAAUUAAGAGAAAAUCAACGUAAAAACGAUUUUCAAAAUGUAUAGCCUGGA